AAUUACACGAGCGCGUGAAUCGAUUUUCCAUCAUCAUCGAUAUGGUUCAGCCCUACUUUUAGGGGUGUAAUAUCUGACGAAAGCUUUCUGUAUAUAGGUGUUUUAGCCAUCUGCUAAGUAGGCGUAGGGAUCUGUUACAGUCGAAUGUUGAGGUUUUCCGGAGAGUCUAAUCUUGCAAGUGAGUGCGAUGCAAGGUACGGGAGAUUACGCUUCAAGUCUUCCGGGGGUCUCGAGGGGUUUAUAACGAUGAUCAAUGCGCAUUAGCUCCACAAGUGUUGUCUGAAGCUUGGACUCCUACAGCCACUCUUGCAACGAAUUGGUGAAGGAUUCUGAUGCUCAUUGAGCAGAGACUGAGUAACUUUGGUCGUUCUCUUGCUACAAAAGUUUUUAGGCGGGUAGCAGCUGGGGUGGUUUGUGAACUCCCUGCUUCGUCAAGUGACAAGCAUAUGAUUCAAUCCGUCUUUCAGACCAGCAGCUAUGUCGUCCUCGUUGACACAAACUCUCAAUGCUAUCACUGCUACCAAGCUCCUUGUGCUCUCCAAGCAACACGCUGACUUCAAAAUCCACAGUGAAAAGAUUGUAGCCUCGGUCGCCGAUGCCAAGAGUGCACGCGAAAGAGUUCAGAUGCUUCUGGAUGGAAUCAAUUCCUGGCAAAGCACGGAUAAGACCUCGUCAUCAUCUUCUGGAACUUACCUCGACAACGUCAAGGAAUUUCUAGUGCAGGCCCAGCAUGACCCAAGCAUCAGCGAGACAAUCCUGCGUCAGUGGGAGCUCAAUCUCAAUAAUUUGCUCAACACGGAGAAGGUCAAGUUUGAAUACGCAGAGCUAUUUGGUAGGCUAUUGAGCGAGUGGAUCGCCAGCUCCGCUUCUUUUCCGGAGAAGGCAUCACAGGAUCCAAACUUAACUAGCAGUGAGGAAACUUCCUUCGAUGAUGUGGAAUUGCCGCUUUCAGAUUCAGACACAUUUGAGAGAGUUGGAAGGAAGGAGAUGCACGAGCAGCGAGUUACUUUCGAGUCGCUCGUCUUCAGUGCCAAAGAAAUUAACACUGUGGCUCUUGACGCUUACCUGGACAAACUCUUCUCACCGAAAGAAGCCAACCGAAUUCUCCUCGAGAUGCGUGAAGACCUCGACGAAUUCGGUAAAGAAAAAUUGUUCCUUAGGAAUUCUUUCAAAAUCAGGGACCUUGAGUCAACCAUAAAUUCCCUCUUAGUCGCUGACCUCCUGUCCAACGAUAAACGCGGAACUCUGAAGGAGUUUUUAUCGAACAAAACGGUUCUAACUGAAGUAGCAGACGUGCUCAACAUGCAUCUCGCAGCGCUUCCUUCAUGGUCCUGGAUCCCCGAGGGCUCGUCUACCGACGCCAUUGCCGUGGAGAUGCGGAGGCAACUGAAUGGGAAGUACAGGAUUUACAUGGACGAGGAGAUUCUGCAAGCUAUCUUUUUGCACUGGAUUGGUCUCCAAUGGGCAGCAAAGUUCAAACACUGGUUUAACAAGUUUGCCCGAAGCUCAGCCUGGAAGCUGCCACAUAAGCCACUCACGAAGGUCGAGAACGAAAGGCGCCAAUAUUUCCUGAAUGAAGACCCUAACGAUUGGAAAGACCGAGAAUACAGCGAGUUUAAAAGUGUCGACCAACUCAGGCACGCGGAGCAUAUGAAGUCGUUCUUCAUGAGCCAACUACCGGAGAGUCUCGAGGACGGGGCACGUCCUUACGACGAUGGUGAGGGAGAAGAAAAUAAGACUGACAAGCCGUCGGCGGUGGCGAUCAAGCAAUCACUGCUCCACAUUUUAGUGACGGAAUGCCUCUUUAACACCUUUUUGUAUAACAAGUUCACCGUUGUGCGGUCAGACUUUUCUUGGUUUGGCCCCAGCUUGCCUCACAGCUCCAUUCUUGCUACUCUCAAAUUUUUCGGUGUUCCCGACAUUUGGCUCACUUUCUUCAAGAAAUUCCUCUCGGCGCCGAUCAAGUUCGUCGCAGACGGCCCGAUGGCUACCACGCAAAUUCGGAAACGCGGGACGCCUAUGAGUCAUAGCCUGAGUGACUUGUUCGGCGAAGUUGUGCUUUUCCCCAUGGAUUUUGCUGUCAACCAGAGAGCAAAUGGACUCUUCCUCUACCGCAUACAUGAUGACUUCUGGUGGUGGAAUAAAGAGUCCCAGCCUUGCGUGGAGGCGUGGCAAGAGAUGAACAACUUUGCUCGUAUCGUCGGGUUAGAGUUCAACAACGAGAAGACGGGGUCCGUCUCUGUAGGGGAACCGCUGCAUCCAGAUCUCCCCGUAGGAACCAUCAAAUGGGGAUUGCUAAAGUUUGAGGAGACUGGGCAGUUUGUAAUCGAUCAAUCCCUAGUCGACGCCCAUAUUGAAGAGCUGAAGCUGCAACUGAAAGCGUGUAAUCACUCGGUAUUUGCUUGGGUUCAGGCGUACAACAAGUACAUGACGUCCCUUGUUAACAACUUCGGUUCUCCUCCGGCGUGUUGCUCUGGCCAGCGGCAUGUGGACAUGGUCAUCAGCACCCUCCAGCGCAUUCAGCUCGCGCUCUUCCCCGAACAUGGAGGCUCCGUCAUCGAUUAUCUGGCGACCGUGAUUCAAGAACGUUUCGGUGUCCAUGACAUCCCAGCUGGAUGGUUCAUGUGGCCCAUAGCCAUGGGUGGCUUGGAAGUAAAAUCUCCUUUCAUCUCACAGCUCUGUCUGCGUGAGGGCUUGCCGGAGGAUCCUAAGCAGGUUUUCGAUACCGCAUUAGAAGCCGAGAAGGAGGGUUACACGAUGUCGCAGGAGUCUUGGGACAAUGGCACCACCACUAGACCCUACACUGAAAAUAAGUCGUUGAGAAAUGAGCCUUUUCUUUCGUACGAGGAGUAUAUCCAAAAUCGCGAGCAGCGCCGUUACUUAUGGCUACAGGCUUACCAAGAUUUGACAACUAUGCCUCUUGAGCAUGGAGUACAGUUAUCAUCGGAGAUGGUAGCGGAGCUUGGAAAGCUGUCGGACGAAUUAUCGAAGCUGACGGGCACUGGAGGGAUUUCUGGGACUUAUUAUUCGAUGACUCCCUAUUGGAGGUGGAUCGUUGCCUGCUUCGGAGAGGGAAUACUGAAGAAGUGGGGUGGGUUGGAGGUUGUGAGACCUGGAACCUUGCCGGUUGGUAUGGUGGAGGUUUGGCAGACCAGGAAGGUGAGGUGGGAGCAGUAGUGUAUGUGGAUUAACAUGUGGACAUAGCAGGGUCCCAGAGUAGUAGUAGAGUAGGAGGAUUGGCGAGUGCAGCUCCCGGAGCUCUCAACGGCGGAUUAGGAGAACUGUUGUUCACACACUCUAACUGUAAUGAACUGAAUUUACCCACAUGGUAUUUCGCAUUGUC